AUGGAUAUUCGACACAAAAUGCAUUCAGAAGUAAUUCUAAUCAAUUUUUAUAAUAUAGUAAGAAAAAAAAAAGGGGUAAAGUCGUUAGACCUUUGGUCUACCCGAAUUCCCCGCAACUUGCUGGGUACUCCACUGGGGCGUAACAACAUUUCCCUUGCCCUUAAAAUUCACACCGUUAAAGCAGAGAAGGGAAGGAAAAAACUGGGGAAAAAAUCAAGAUCAAAAGCAAAAUCCAAUCCCGAGAUUGCCUUUCAGGACAAAAAACCAAACCCGGAACUAGAGAAUUUCACACAGGCAAUGCGUUUAGCGAGCGCCUCAGCACUGCCCAUGGCCAUGCAAGCGGCCAUUGAUCUUGGCGUUUUCGACAUGCUUGCUCCACUUUGUUCGGGUCUCCGCUCCGUGGACAUCGCGGCACGCUUGGGCUGUCGCCACCCAGAUUCUCUCAAGAUGCUGGACCGGCUCAUCGCGGUACUCUGUUGCCAUAACGUGCUUGCAUGCUCUGAAGGUUGCUACAGUUUGACGCCUGCGGCUAAGUACUUUGCCAAAAAUGAAGAUGGGGUAUCCUUGGCUCCCUUGUUGCGAUUGAACCAUGACAGGGUUUUCCUUGAAAGCUGGUCUGGAGUUAAGGAUGCAAUUCUUGAAGGGGGAAAUCCCUUUAGCAGGGCCCAUGGCAUGCAUUGUUUUGAGUAUCUUGGCAAGGAUGGCAGGUUCAAUCAAGUUUAUAGUACAGCUAUGUUCAACCACACCACAGUUAUUGUGAAGAAGAUCCUUAAAACAUUCAACGGUUUUAAGAACGUCAAGACAUUGGUUGAUGUUGGUGGUGGUAUUGGUGUGGCGCUUAGCUUAAUCAUUUCCAUGUACCCCUCUAUCAAGGGUAUUAACUUUGACUUGCCGCAUGUUAUUCAACAUGCCCCUCCAUUUCCUGGUGUGAAACAUGUAGCUGGAGAUAUGUUUGAAAGUGUUCCCAGUGGAGAUGCCAUUUUAAUGAAGGGGAUUCUUUGGGAUUGGAGUGAUGAUCAGUGCUUGAAGUUGUUGAAAAAUUGCUAUAAUGCUCUUCCAAAAGAUGGAAAGGUUAUUGUUAUAGAGCAAAUUCUUCCAACUGUGGCUGACCUGGCCAGUGUACACAAAGGGAAACUCUUGAAUGAUGUGCUUACUAUGACUCUAAAUCCUGGAGGGAAGGAGAGGAAACAAGGUGAAAUGUUUCGCUUGGCAGAAGAAUCUGGGUUUGACAGUAUCGGAAUUUCAUCUUUCCAGUGUCAUUAUUGUGUUCUGGAGCUCAUUAAAUCUCCAAAUAAGUUAGUCGGGUCUGGUUAACGAAUUGGCACUUGGGGGGUUCCUCAAAGUUCAUGGUAGCCUUAACUUUAGCUUAGGGAACCUCUUUUGUGCCAUACCUAUGACGCUUUUAUUACAUACCUAUUUUGUGAACUAUCUGGUUAUCUUAGCAAAGUCAGAUGCUUUGCCCACAGGGUUGGAAUGGAUGCUGUGAUUAGGAACUGAAUGUAAUGUAGGAAAAUGAUACUAUAUGUUUUGACAUUAUAUGUGUUUUCUUAGAUAUAUUGCUUGAGAACUUAAA